UAUUUACAUGUCGCUCUACAAUGUCGAAGGCUACAUUAAAUCCUAUAUAUAUAAUCUGUGGAAAUUAAAUUUUCUCGAGUAAGGAAUAUCCAGACCUUUGUUAGAUAAAGAUGGCAAACGGUAGCCACUGCAUGUACUUCGUCAAACGGAAAAAACGUUUCUGUCGCAUGACGGUGGGCGAGGGCAAAAAUUAUUGCGGCGAGCAUCAGCAGAACAUCGACGACUCCGAUACCGAUGACAGGAGGAUCAAUUGUCCGCUGGAUCCUACGCACACGUGCUACCAGUCGAAGCUGACGAAGCAUCUGGGCGUGUGCAACGCCAAGCGAAGGUUGGAUGCGCAACCUGCGUUUAUAGUCAAGGGUAUCAACUUGGACGAAGAGACCAUAGUGGCGCCACCGCAUGUACCCUUGUCUCAACUCGAUGAAUCUGUGUUGGAAACGGUGAUAAGGAAGAUCCACUCUGCCUAUGAUAAGCUACCAGAAUUUUCUCAAGCGAUACUGCAGCACGAUGUGCUGAAAGACAAAUUGAAAGACGAGACCUGCGGCAAUAACGUUAGGAAACACUUGCUCCAAAACGCAUCUCUACUUGGACAUUUGGAGCAAGCUGGUCUCGUGCAGGACGACACCUGUUUCAUUGAAUUUGGAGCGGGAAAAGCUUUAUUAACAUACUGGCUGGGGCAGAUCAUAAAAGACAAGUCAAACUCUUGCAUCUUACUAGUCGACCGUUCGAGUCAUCGGCACAAAAGUGACAAUAAACUUAAAAAGGAGGAAAGUCAGCUCGUAAUAAAAAGAGUGCGCGCCGAUAUCGCUGAUCUUCGACUAAAUCAGGUGGAAAUCCAGCCGAUCAAAUACAAAGUCGGGAUCGCGAAACAUCUCUGUGGCACGGCCACGGAUUUGGCGAUACGUUGCUUGGCGAAGUCGAUAAACGAUGAGCCCAAGGUCGAUGUUCGCGGUUUAGUUCUCGCAUUCUGCUGCCAUCACAAAUGCGAAUAUUCGUCUUACGUGGGCAGAGAAUACCUGCGACAGUGCGACUUCACCGCAAAUGAGUUCUCGGUUCUAUGCGGCAUAGUUAGUUGGGCGACAUGUGGUCCCCGUUUAAAAAGCAACGUUAAACCGCAACAUGACUCCACCGUCCGGCAAGAGGACCAGGACAACAUCAGCUGGUUCUCAAAAUUAGACGAACGCGAGCUUAUCGGACGCAAGGCUAAGGCGCUCCUGAAUUGGGGUCGUUUGUCAUUUCUGCAAAGUAUCGGAUUUCAGGCCGAGCUAUUUUAUUACAUUUCCAGACAAGUUUCGCCAGAAAAUAUGUGUAUUGUAGCUACUAGAAAAUCAUGAUCAUUGUGACCGCAACAUUCAUCGUGAACUACUACUGUCACCAUCUAUCUUUGGUGGCGGCUAUUUCAUCUGUCACGAUCGCAACCUCGAUCGAUGGAAUAGGCUAUAAACUUACCGACCUAUGACACGGGCCUCGGAGCAGUACGCAAGUCGUAAAUAACUUCCCCCACUAAACGAGAUGCCCCGCCCAAUACGAGCGAACUAACGCUAUUCAA